AGCAGGCGAGGGAGGGGAGGGGAGAGGAGUCAAGCAGUCUCCGCAGUGUCACGGCACUCCGCGCGUCCCAGCACUAAAUUCAUCGACUGUCACCACCGCUUGGCCUGCCGAGCCUCACGCGUCACUUGCACUCAACAAGACGAUGCAAUGCCACAUCCUGGAAUGACAAACGGCAUUACUCAAUCAUCACGAACCCCCAUCUCGACUCAUGCAGCGGCCAUAGACAUCAUCAUGGCCUUGCCGCUUUGAAGUGUCACAGCAAACAAUUUGGAGGUGAUUUUAAUCCUCUCCUGAACAUCAGAUAUCGAAUCACGGCUUUGUUGUAAUUCCAACGGUCCGAAUAUGGCGAGAUAUUACACGGUCCUACUCGUCGGAUUGCUGGUCCUACUCGCCCUUCCCUCUCCCGCAUCUGCAUUUGGCGCGGGAAACAUUGCUUCCGUCUCCUCCAUCGAAGGAUUAAAUUGGCGCCAUGGCGAUCUGGAAGACUUGCUAAAGACCGUUGCUUUCCUUCGAGGACACAAAUGGACCAGCAUGAUGAUCAAGCGAACCUAUUUCGGCAACUGGCUCCGAGACUAUAGCCAAGCAAUCGACGUCGGCACUCUCAAAGGCGUGCAAUCCGACACCAUUCGAGUCUUAAUAUGGGUGCUGUCGUUCAUGAGCUUUGGCUAUGCAACUGCUGAAUUCGAAGUCACCGCUGACCGUCUGGGUGUAUACCGUCCCGAAGAACACAUCGACAAUCCCAAAGACUACGCCGAAAACGUAGACGCGCGCAAAUAUGACUCGCGGCUCAGAGGACCUGUCGAACCGAUUGAGUUGGCUGUAGACCCUAAUUCAGGCAUGAAGAACUACAUCGCCAACGAGAGUGGAGGCUGGGCAACGUCGAUUGGUUACGUCAAGUAUAGCUUUGCCCGGAGCAUCCACUUCGGGAGGCUAUACACUCACGGUGCACAGCGAGGGCGUGAAGAGGACCUUUGCGAGGCAUUGAGGUGUCUUGGCCAGGGCCUGCACUGCAUGGAAGACUUUGGAGCCCACACCAACUACGUCGAGCUUGCACUCCGAGAGCUGGGCUACCAGAGUGUUUUUCCUCAUGUCGGGUCACAGACCAUGAUCAAUCUCCACGGCAAACAAGUCUUUCCACUGGUCACUGGCACGUUCGGCGGCGUCGAUUUUCUCCAUUCGGUUCUUGGCGAGGCUACGGAUCACGUCACUCAGACCGAGGUCAAUCAAACCGAAGUCGACCAGCUGAAUGCCGCCAUGAAUCAGGCAGCAGCAAGUCAAAAUAGCGGAAAUCGAGCUGUCGAUCCCGUCACAAGAGCUUCCGGAUUGACUGAUCUCCUGGCCCAACUCCCCGGAACUGGCGGUCUCAUACAAGAGGCUAUCGGAUUACAAGCAGCCUCUGACGCCCAAGCGGCUGAGAAUGAGCGGACCACUGGCUCCAACGAGUCGUACGUGCCGUAUGGGAAUGCAUACGACACUACUCGCAUUGGCGGCAUCUCUGGCGGAAGCUUCCAGGCUCCCCCAAGCAUCGAUCCUCAGCAAGUCAUUGCCAAGAUCUACCCCCUUUUCGUAUUUCGAGACAAAGUCGUCCGCACUAUCGCCGGCGUUGUAUCGAAAAUCCCCGGGCUGGAAAGGAUGAUCGAAACGAUUAGCGAGAAGGUCACCCUCUUUGUGAUGGGCCUGCUUGCGCCAUACGUCAAACCCGUCAUCGCAGCAGCGUCCAAUGCUCUCAAACAAGGCAGCGGUACUGUUGUGCACGCCAGUGCCCAGCAGCAGUACCUCGUGUGGUCAGAUCCGUCGAGCACCGAUCCGACACACUCCAUGCUCUCGAAGGAUCACUUCUCAAAUGUGCUCAAUCCGCCUGCUGGACAAGUGGCAUCCGCGAUCCUGCAAUACGUCGCUCCCCGCGUCAUCUACGGCUGGGACAAUCCGGACGUUCCCCAAGAAGAAAUCAUGCAUGACAUUUCGCAGGUGUUUCACCAUCCCGCUCUGCGCAAUCAGAGUUUGGAAAUCCAUCGUAACAUGUUCAUGGCCGUGGAGAGGUGGGCGCAAGCAGGGCACGGUCACGACCUGAACGCCACUUUGAGCUCCGAAAGCGUCAAAGCAGGGAGGAAUCACCAUCUGCAAUCACUCGGCUCGUCGAGUCACAGUGCAACUGCUGGCGGACCACUCGCAAGCUUUCUCGGCGGCAGCCAGCGAAGUCAGACGCUGGACUUUGAGCCAUCGCAGACGUCGACUGAUUAUGAGGGAUACGGCGCAGCCCCACAGCCUGUUCCGUCCGCAUAUCAACAGGGGUAUGACAUGUCACCCAACCAAAAUCAGCAAUAUGGUCAGCCGACGGGAGGCUACCAGCAGAGCGGCUACGAAGGCUAUGAACAAAAUCAAGGAUAUGGUCAGGGGGGAGGCUUUGGCCGAUAUUAA